AAUCUGUCAAUGAAAUUAGUUUGUAGACUAAGAAGGCUUUUUUCCUUUCGUUUACUUUUCGGUGAGUGCGAAAAACGCGCCUGAUUUUAAUAUAUAUAUAACAAACAGCAUAAGUGCCGCAUACUGAGAUGUCCACUCCAAAUUUUCUUUUGAGCAAUGGCAAAAAUAUGCCCAUGGUCGGGCUGGGCACAUGGCGCAGUCCUCCAGAUGUUAUUACACAGGCCGUAAAGGAUGCGAUAGAUAUAGGAUAUCGUCACUUUGAUUGCGCCCAUAUUUAUGGGAAUGAAGCACAAGUUGGCGCUGCAAUUGCCGACAAGCUCGCAGAAGGUACUGUAGUCCGUGAAGAGCUGUUCAUUACGAGCAAGCUGUGGAAUACCCAUCAUAGACCGGAUUUGGUGCGUUCCGCCUGCGAAACAAGCAUGCGAAAUUUGGGUAUUGACUAUCUGGAUUUGUAUCUAAUGCAUUGGCCGAUGGCAUACAAAUCGGGCGAUAAUCUAUAUCCAACAUGCCCCGACACUGGCAAAGCCGUCUUUGAUAAUAUCGAUUUCGUGGACACGUGGCGAGCAAUGGAGGAUUUGGUAGACAGUGGCCUAUGCAAUGCCAUCGGUGUGUCCAAUUUCAAUGAGCAGCAAAUCAAUCGACUGCUGAGCGUUGCCAAACUGAAACCGGUUGUGCUCCAAAUCGAAUGCCAUCCAUAUUUGCGCCAAAAGAGUCUGAUCACGCUGUGCUACGACAACGCGAUUGCGGUGACAGCAUAUAGCUCGCUAGGAUCGGCACACACACCGUACGAGAAGCCCGGAGCAUAUCCGCUGCUCAAGCAUCCCGUCCUGCUGGAAAUCGCAGCCAAAUAUGAGAGAUCACCGGCACAGGUCCUGUUGCGCUACCAGACACAGUCGGGCAUCAUUGUGAUACCGCGCUCAGUGAGCAAACAUCACAUGUACGAGAAUUUCAAGAUCUGGGACUUUGGGCUAGACAACGAUGAUCUGCAGGCCAUCGAUGAUCUCGAUUGCAAUGGUCGUUUUAUGACCAUGAAAGCGGCCUAUGGGCAUCCACAUCAUCCCUUUGAAACGGAAACUCCAAACUCAAAAACAUAAAUGUAAAAUUCAUUAGUGUACCUGUGUGUCAAAUGACUCUAAAUUGAACUAUUAAUAAAUUAUGUAUAUUAUAUA